AUGGAUUCGGCCUCUUCUGCACCACCUGUCCAUCCAUCAGAGUCACGAUCAUUUCAAAGAUGGCUGCACAAAGCUGCUCAAGUAUCGGGUAUCGGGCUUACCGCAGACGAACGAGAACGAGACCGGGUUGAAGUGCAACGUCGCCGCUGUGAGCAAUGGAAGACCGAACUCCUGAAUUACAGCCCUUCAGUUGUUUUCAUGUUAAAGCAUCUUAAGUUGUCCGGGUGCCCGGUACCGUCCUCGAACAUCGUGUGUGCCCCAUGCGAUCUCACGCGUUCUGGAGGCUUUCAUCCUGCUGGGGCGAUUAUCCUUUGUCAGGGCCAUUUCGGAGACAAGAAGCACAUGGAGGAUACCCUCACACACGAGCUGGUACACAUGUAUGAUCACUGCAAGUUCAAUGUUGACUGGAAAAACUUAAGACAUCAUGCGUGCAGCGAAAUCCGUGCCAAUAGUUUAAGUGGUGACUGCCGGUAUAUGCGUGAGCUGGGAAGGGGAUUCGUGUCAUUUUCAAAACAACAUCAGGCCUGCGUGAGACGGCGUGCUAUACUUUCCGUCCGCGCGAAUCCCAUGUGUCCGGACGAGGCAGCGGCAGAGCGUGCGGUGAAUGAAGUCUGGGAGAGCUGCUUUGGCGAUACGCGACCGUUUGACGAGGUGAGUUGUGCCUGCUUCGUUGCCCCUCGACAAGAUAUUGCCGUACAUUUAUUGAUGUUUUCUGACGUCGGUGUUCACCAUGUUUCACACGUAGAUCUAUUAGCGGGUAGAAAGGGAAUGCAUGGCCGUGAUCUAUUCUUGAACCCAGGGAAAGGCUGUUAG